GAGCCAGCAAGCAGCCGUCACUCUCGGACUCUCCUCCUUGCUCUGCCCCCGAGCCGAGCCGAGGUCCCCCAUUCCUCUGCUUCCAAAGCAAACCUACAGGCUACACCCAGCCCAUCCCUUCUCCUCCAGUCCACAAAUUCGAGGUGGUACCACUCGCGGGAGGGGGCAGGUACACGCUGCUGGCUGCUGCGCCUGCGCUGCGACCCGCCGCGGGCAGGUGCGCAUGGCGUUCCACUACCAGGACCACGGCGCCGCCGCCGCCGCCGCGCUGGCCAUGGACGCCGCUGCGGCGGGGGUGAACCCUAACAGCGGCAGCAGCUUCGGCACGCCCGGAGGCGGUGGCGUGGGAGGCGUGGGGUGGGAGAGGGAGAAGGCGGCGGUGGAGGCGCACCCGCUGUACGAGCGCCUGCUGGAGGCGCACGUGGCGUGCCUCCGCGUCGCCACCCCCGUCGACCAGCUCCCACGCAUCGACGCGCAGAUCGCCGCGCGGCCACCGCCCGCGCCCGUGCCGCCCGCCGCUGCGCACUCCGGCGGCGAGGAGCUCGACCUCUUCAUGACACAUUACGUGCUGCUCCUUUGUUCCUUCAAGGAACAACUCCAGCAGCAUGUGCGUGUUCACGCCAUGGAAGCGGUGAUGGCCUGCUGGGAGCUUGAGCAAACUUUACAGAGUCUUACAGGGGCUUCUCCUGGUGAAGGCACCGGGGCAACUAUGUCUGAUGACGAAGACAAUCCGAUCGACACUGAGAGCAACAUGUUUGAUGGAAAUGACGGGUCAGAUGGUAUGGGCUUUGGCCCCCUGAUGCUAACCGAGGGUGAGAGAUCCUUAGUUGAGCGUGUAAGGCAAGAACUGAAGCAUGAGCUUAAACAGGGGUACAGAGAAAAGCUUAUCGAUAUUAGGGAAGAGAUACUUCGGAAGCGAAGAGCUGGGAAACUCCCAGGAGACACAGCAUCUACUCUGAAAGCUUGGUGGCAGGCCCAUGCAAAAUGGCCAUACCCAACUGAGGAGGACAAGGCUCGUCUGGUGCAGGAAACAGGGUUGCAACUAAAGCAGAUCAAUAAUUGGUUCAUCAACCAACGUAAACGGAACUGGCACAGCAACCCUACCUCGUCGUCAUCAGACAAAAGCAAGAGAAAAAGGAGCAAUGCAGGUGAUGGCAACACCGAGCAAUCCUGGUAGGACGCGGUUGGAGGAUGCAUAUGUAAUGUAAAUAACGCUUCCAUUGGGGAAAAUGGCUUGAUCUAUAUUUAUUGCUCCCUGAGUCGACCAUUCCGACAGGAGUUUCCUGGACCAAAUAUCUGCACCACCACCCCCCUGCAGAAAACAAAACAAAACAAGAUUAACCAUGUGAUAUAGCGGGCUUACCAGAAAGUAGCUUUCGCGUUUCGGUACUGUCUAUUUUGUGGGGUUUUGUAGCUGUUAAGGGAUGGUGCUGCCUUGUGUUGGUAACCCAGCAAUUCGGGUGUGUACAUUGCUGUCGUAAUUUGCUUGUAAAGUAUUGUGUUGUAUUCUGUGGUCAUGCGUGCCUUGGUGGUGUUGUAUAUUUGCAUUCGUGAACAUUGAUCAUGAUGCUUCGUAGGCUCAGUUGAUGCCAUUGUUGUUGUUGACGUUAUUGUUGCUAGUUUCCUACCU